CCGAGCCGCCACCGUUGCUAACAUAUAAAUGGUGCCAAGGAAUAAAUAAUCUACAAGAUGUAUGGGAUACGAAUGAGGGUGAAUGCGACGUUAUGCUGGAAGCGCGUCUCGAGAAAGUUUACGAAAAGAUGGAUUUGACUCUUCUGAACAGAUUGUUGAGACUGAUAGUGGAUCACAAUAUCGCUGAUUAUAUGACAGCAAAGAACAACGUUUUGAUCAAUUACAAAGAUAUGAAUCACACGAAUUCAUUCGGUAUCAUAANCGGCUUGAGACGUGCCAGUGAAGUUGCUGGGCCACCACAGGUUUGCAUUUUUUGUUUUUGA